UAAUACCGUUUGGCCGUUACCGCCACCACGCAACGGAGAAUCAAAACGCAGCUCCUCCCAGAGUUCGCCAUUGGCACGCUUUCUUCAACAUUUCAUUUGCCUUCUCAUCUCUCUCGUCCUCUGCAAAAUUUGCGAGAAGCUUUGACAUUCCAAUGGAAUCGGCCAUUUCGUCUCCGCUUUCCACGUCGUCUCAUUUGCUACCUUCGCCUUACCGUUCAUCGCUUGGCUCCAGAUCUCAAUCUUUCCCGUCACUUCAAAACCUCCGGCAUCCGAGCUUCAAAUCCAGAUGCUUCUUCGGAGUUCCGUUCCGUUCGCGCCAAACCCAGCCAAUCCGAUGUCAAAGUUCGAAUCAACAACCAGCUAAGGACGACGGCUUUGUCAUCGAAGACGUUCCUCACUUGACUGAUUUUCUCUCUAAUUUACCGUCGUAUCCAAAUCCAUUGAAACAGAGCCAAGCUUAUGCUGUUGUCAAGCAAACUUUUGUAAGCACUGACGAUGUGGUUGCACAGAAAGUUGUUGUUCAAAAGGAUGAUCCCAGAGGGGUACAUUUUCGACGUGCAGGACCUCGGGAAAAGGUUUAUUUCAAGUCAGAUGAAGUGCGUGCUUGCAUAGUGACAUGUGGGGGUUUAUGCCCAGGGAUCAAUACUGUGAUUCGAGAAAUUGUAUGUGGCUUGAACUACAUGUAUGGUGUGGAAGAUAUACUUGGAAUUGAGGGAGGAUAUAGAGGCUUUUAUUCUAAAAAUACAUUGAGGUUGACACCAAAAGUUGUCAAUGAUAUCCACAAGCGUGGUGGGACCUUUCUUCGAACUUCACGAGGGGGUCAUGAUACAAACAAGAUAGUUGAUAACAUACAGGACCGGGGAAUAAAUCAGGUGUACAUAAUUGGAGGUGAUGGCACCCAAAAAGGAGCAGCUCUAAUUUACAAGGAAGUUGAGAAACGUGGUCUUCAAGUGGCAGUUGCUGGGAUCCCUAAGACAAUUGAUAAUGAUAUCGCUGUGAUAGACAAAUCCUUUGGUUUUGAUACCGCUGUUGAGGAAGCUCAGAGAGCUAUUAACGCUGCACAUGUGGAGGUUGAAAGUGUGGAAAAUGGAGUUGGAAUUGUCAAACUCAUGGGCAGAUACAGUGGUUUCAUUGCUUUAUAUGCAACUUUGGCAAGUCGAGAUGUGGAUUGUUGCUUGGUUCCAGAAUCUCCAUUCUAUUUGGAAGGUCGGGGUGGGCUUUUUGAAUUUGUUGAAGAGCGGCUUAAAGAAAAUGGACAUGUGGUUAUUGUGUUAGCAGAAGGAGCAGGGCAGGAAUAUGUUGCACAGGAAAUGCAAGUGGUCGAUGGGAAAGAUGCAUCAGGAAAUAAGCUACUCCUAGAUGUUGGCUUAUGGCUGACUGAAAAGAUUAAGGAUCAUUUUACGAAAGUUCAGAAGAUGGCAAUAAAUAUGAAAUAUAUAGAUCCAACAUAUAUGAUUCGUGCUAUCCCAAGUAAUGCAUCAGACAAUAUAUACUGCACUCUUCUUGCUCAGAGUGCUGUUCAUGGGGCCAUGGCAGGAUUCAGUGGUUUCACAGUUGGGCCUGUAAACAGUAGACAUGCUUAUAUUCCAAUUUCUCGUGUGACAGAGACGCAAAACACAGUGAACUUGACAGAUCGGAUGUGGGCUAGACUUCUUGCAUCGACGAACCAGCCUAGUUUCUUGGAAGGCAAUGCGCUGCAUGAAAGAGUUGAUAAAGAGGAUGUUGAUGUGAUCAACCACAACAUGAGAGCUACUUCCAUAUAAAUUUAUGAGCCGAGGUCGCAGUUAUUUUCAAGUGGACACCACAACAUUGUUUCUUGGAAUUAUGCCAACAGAGUCUUACCAUUCUUAAUAGGUUUUACACCAACCACUUUCCAAGGUGACAUGACUUAGGGCUUGCUUUUAUUACACUUUUCUCUUUGAAAAAUGAAAUUAAAAAAAAAAAAAGCAAACAGAAAGAUGGGACAUGGAGGAUGAGAAAGAGAUGAGAGAAGUGAGGAAAUGAGGAAAUGAAGAGGUGGGGAGAAUAGUUAGAAUAAAAACUUAGACAGUAAAACAAAACCCAGAAAAUAUCUUAGGCUUUGUAUUCUGCAUAUCAAUUUAUGGACGAUCAUCCGUUGGGAAGAUUAGGUUUUAUGCUGCAAAAGAUUUCUUGUUAUAUUGGUUACACUAAUGAUAAUUUGUUUGUAAAACAAUGUCACUUUGGUUUUGCUGUUAAUAGAUUCAACUUUGGCAUCA